UCCGUCCCAGAACGGAAACGGAUCAUCUGAGUGGUGCAACGAGUCCGCUGGAGGUGACCGAAUUGUGGAGAGUGGAAAUAUUUACAUUUCGUAUGACAGAAAGACAUUUGGCCCCUGUGCAAUUACUGACGAGAUAAAAGCACCCAACGACUAAUAUCCCGUAGUCGAUAUGGGAUCUCACCUUGUCCGAAGUUAUAUUACGCAGCCGGACACCGAACCGGACCCUCGGAAGCCGUCUUCAUUCGAACCGCAGCUCGGCUUUGAAGAUGAGAGGAAAGAGAGAGAGAUGGUUGCUACGCAACAGCAGAUGAAUGACGCCCUGCUGCCGGUGGUCCAGAGGGACUACUGUGCCCACCACCUCCUCAAACUCAUGAAGUGCAAGAGGGACAACUGGCCCAACUUCCUGGCCUGCAAGCACGAGAGACACGACUGGGACUACUGUCAGCAUCAGGACUAUGUGAUGCGGAUGAAAGAAUUUGAGCGGGAACGACGGCUGCUGGUGAGGAAGAAGAAGAUGGAGGAAGCUCAGGCUGCGUGAUUCCCCUCCCUCAUUGCCCUGGCCUCCCCAAACUACAGCCACGCCUCUGUAUAUACUCAUCAUUCUAAUAAAGUCUGUAGUACACUCUC